UUAUCAUCAUCAUCAUUCCUUUCGAUUAUUAUUGUUGUGAUUCCAAUUAUUCCUGAUUAUCCUGAUUAUAUAUUUAUGAAUCAUAAUAAUCUACUACUAUUUAUCGUCCGUAUUCGGAUUUGAAUACGACGACAAUUUUGUUUUUAGAUUGUAAAAAUUUAGAUUUUAGAUAUUUUUCUGUUCUGUUCUGUUCUGUUGUUGUUGUUUUCGUUGUUUUCAUUGUCUGUGUUAUAAACGUUUGAACCAAAGUGAAAAAAAUUUUUUAUUUGCCUACAAAAAAAAAGAAUCCAAAGAAAUUAUCCGCAAUGAUGACUACAAUAUUCGAUAUGGAACUUAAUGAUUCAGAGAUUGAAGAUUUUUCCAAUCCAACAUCACAACAACUUCCUGUUAAUAAUCAAACGAUUGGUCAACAUAAUCAUAAUAAUAAUAAUAAUCAUCAUCAUCAAACACAUCCAUUACAACAUAAUCAUCAUCAUACACAUAAUCGUAUACUUGAUUACGAAAUCGAAAAUGAUGAUCAUAUGGUUGUCAACAAUGAAAUUGAGAUCGAUUCAUUCGAGGCUACCGCUGAAGAGGUAAUCAAUUUAGGACCGGAAAAUAAUAGCAUCGAAUUAACUGAAGAGAUGGUCAAUUGUCAACAUCAUGAACGUGUUUCGACAAAUGAUUUUGAAUUACUCAAAGUUCUUGGUAUGGGUGCAUAUGGAAAAGUGUUUCAAGUACGAAAAGUUACGGGUAAAAAUUUAGGCACUAUAUUUGCAAUGAAAGUUUUGAAAAAGGCAAAAAUCGUUCGUAGUAUCAAAGAUACGGAUCAUACGAAAGCCGAGCGUAAUAUAUUGGAAAGUGUUAAACAUCCAUUUAUUGUUGAUCUGAUGUAUGCGUUUCAAACACGUGGAAAAUUGUAUUUAAUACUCGAAUAUCUAAGUGGUGGUGAACUAUUCAUGUAUCUACAACGUGAAGGUCUUUUAUUGGAAAAUGCUGUCAUUUUCUAUGCAGCCGAAAUCAUUUUGGCCAUUGAACAUUUACAUAAAUUGGGCAUUAUUUAUCGUGAUCUUAAACCAGAAAAUAUUAUGCUCGAUCUACAUGGUCAUGUUAAAUUGACUGAUUUUGGCCUUUGUAAGGAAUCCAUACAAAGUGGUAAAAUGACUUAUACAUUCUGUGGUACAGUUGAAUAUAUGGCGCCUGAAAUUCUCAAAAGAAUCGGUCAUAAUCAUGCCGUUGAUUGGUGGUCAUUGGGUGCAUUAAUGUUUGACAUGUUGACCGGUAAACCGCCAUUUGUUAGUUCGAAUCGUAAUAAAACGAUUGCCAAAAUAUUACACGCUGAACUCAAAUUUCCAAAACAUCUUACUCAUGAUGCUAAAGAUUUGAUUCGUAAAUUAUUACGACGAUCACCAGAAUUACGGCUUGGCGGUGGCGUUGAUGAUGCAGCACCGGUUAAACAUCAUGCAUUUUUCAAAAAAAUUAAUUGGGAUGAAGUUUUCUUCAAACGACUUAGUCCACCAUUUAGGCCAGUGUUACAUUCUGAAGAUGAUGUAAGUCAAUUUGAUACAAAAUUCACUGAACAGAUGCCAAUUGAUUCACCAGAAGAAAGUUCACAUCUAAGUCGUAGUAUCAAUGAAAUGUUUAUUGGUUUUACAUAUGUUGCACCUAGUGUUUUGGAAGAAAUGAAUCGUCAUGAUAUUAUUGGUGGUCAUGUUCGAAAUUAUUCCAAUAGCAAUAUCAAACAGCCACAACAACAACCACCACUACCACCACCACCUCAAUCAUCAUCAUCAUCAUCAUCAUCAACAACAACAACAACAAUUCCUCGUAAUAAUCCAUCCGGAUGAUUACACGUACACACACACACACACGCAAACACAUACAAUUGUUUUGUUUUGUUUAUUUAAAUAAACUAUUUAAUUCUGUCGUUUUAUUAA